CGAGUGGGGACAUCGAUAUGUUUUUCAAAGAGUCACACGAUCCAUGUUUCCAUCACUUUCGCAUGGAAUCGCAUAGCGUGAGCACCGACAGAAAGAUUACUAUAAAAGUUUUAUUCGCAAUAAUAAAAGUGGAAUUUAAUUGUGAUUCGGAGGAUUAAUUGAACGUUCCUGAAUAAGAAAGAUAUAAAAAUUAUCAUUAAGUUAAUGAUUAUAAAUUUUUGAAAAGGGAAAAAAAAGAACAAAAAAAAAAAAAAAACAAAAAUAAAAAGGAAAAGAAAAUUAAUCCGAAUAGAAUUAGUGACAAUUUCGAGAAAGAGAAAGAAAAAAAACUAGAUACAUAUAUAUAUAUAUAUUAAUAGUUUAAAAAAUAAUCAUUCGUUUCUAGUAAAUUUAAUUGCGAGAUUGAAUCUAACCAUCGAUUUUAUUAAUUCUAUUAAGAAACAUUCUUUGUGUUAAUCUUUACGAAAGAAAAUAUUAUUGUGAAGUGUGUACACCAUGAAGGAUCUAUUAAUGAUUUGGAAUAGAUUGACGGGAAGGAGAUGUUCUACGAUAAAUAAUAAUUUCGGCAUGACCUGUAUAAACGAACAAGAUGAAAUAAUGAUAACGCGGAAUACGAGAAACCGGAGAAAGUCUUCGGUCGUAGUGAAUCAGUUCUUCAAUGCAACGACGACCUUACCGGUACGAACUAAUGGCACACCGAGAUCGUCACGAAAUAUUUUCAUGCUAAUGAUGUUAGGAUUAAUUGGACUCGCCUCAGGCUUUUUAAUUCUUAUCUACAAACCAUACGAUAUGCUCUUCCAAUUUAAAGUCACAUUUGGCGAAGGAGGAGAAAUAUUUGAAUUCUGGAGAAAACCUGACGUGGAUAUUUUUUUGAAAGUUUACUUAUUCAAUAUCACCAAUCAUGACGAUUAUUUAACUGGAAAGGAUAGCAAACUCAAUUUCCAGGAAAUUGGACCUUACGUAUACAGGGAGCAUAUGGAACACGGCAACAUCAAAUUUAACAGCAAUGGCACCGUAUCCGUCACACCACUUCAUCCUUUAAUAUAUGUACCGGAAAUGAGUAAUGGUACUGAACAAGAUAUUCUCAUCUUACCAAAUAUCGCACUUCUAAGUAUAACCAAUGUAAUGAGAGAAGCAACAUACUUGACAAGAUGGGGUUUAAAUGUGUUAGUCCAUCAAACAGAUUCAAAACCUUUGGUACCAAUGACUGCUCGAGAAUUCAUGUUUGGUUACAAAUCUACUCUGCUUACACUUGGAAAUCAAGUUAUGCCAUCGUGGAUCAAAUUUGAUAAACUCGGUCUUAUCGAUAGAAUGUAUGACUUCGAAGGUGAUUACGAGACUUUUUACACCGGUGAAAAGGACGUGAAAAUGACUGGCUUGAUCGAUAAAUAUAACGGCAACGUUAAUCUUCCCCACUGGAAAGGAAGAUGUGCGAACAUUCAUGGUGCUAGUGAUGGAACUAAAUUUCCAACUUAUAUACAGCCCAACGAUACUCUUCUUUUUUUUCGGAAAAGUCUUUGUCGUAGUGCCCACAUGACGCGAACCGAUGAAAAAGUUAUUAAAGGCUUAUAUGCUUACAAAUAUAAUUUUAUGGAAAACGAAAUGGACAACGGUGUUUAUAGAGAAGAAAACAAAUGUUACUGUCGAGAAGGAUAUUGCUUACCACCAGGUUUAGUGGACGUAACCGCUUGUUAUUACGGUUUCCCAAUAGCACUGUCCUAUCCACAUUUCUACAAAUCUCAUCCAUCCCUUCUUGAGGCUGUAAACGGUUUAAAACCAGAUCCAAAGAAACACGAAUCUUAUUUUUAUAUACAACCACAAUCAGGCUUACCAGUUGAUUUGGCUUUCCGUUUUCAAAUUAAUAUGGCAUUGCAGGAUAUUGGACAUAUGGCAAAAGUAGAAAAAUUUUCUAACUUUGUUCUUCCACUUCUUUGGUUUGAAAUCGGAAUGUACGAAUUACCAGCGAACAGAAACUCAUUGUUUUACUUAUAUUUAAACAUUUUACCAGUAUUACAAGAAAUCAUUAAAUACCUCAUGUUCAUUAUUGGCUCAAUUCUUUUUAUUUGGAGCAUUGUUAAAAUACUUCUUUAUCGUAAAUUACUUCUUAAAAAAAGAUUACAAUUUUUUAACAAUAGAAGGUCUUCCAUGAAGAUAAAAGAAACAGAAAGUUAUUACAGUGCUUUACUUAAUCAUUCAGAGCACAAAUUUACAUCGGAUAUACUAGAAAAUUUAUCAACAAUGAAGAACGAAAUAAAUGUUUGAUAGUAAACAUACGAGCCGUUCAAGACGUAGAAAGAGGCUAACGUCGUCAAGGACUAUAUACACACUCGUCGAUCUAAUAUCCUUUCGUAAAUACAUUCAAUAUCCGAAAAUGAAAUAUGAUCGGCAAAUAAGAUAUGAGUCUUCAAUAAUUCCAAAUAAAACGAUGUCAUCCUCUCCUGCUCUUUUUUCUUACAACAAAUAAAAUGUCAAGAGGACAGAGAAAUGAAAAAUCGUAUUAUGUUUUAAAUCAAGGUACUUCUUUUAAUCGCCAUUUUGUUUUUUUUCUCUUUAUCUUUUGUACACAAAACAUUGGUCAAAAAUAAUUCUAAUUUUUAAUUCAAAAGUCGAAUCCUAUUCAAAUCAAUCGAUUUUUAUAUUCUUGUAAAUUCUAAUACGAAUUUUUUAAUUCGAUUAAUGAUAAUUGAAUAACAUUAAAUAAUUUUCGAUUAUUAUAUCAAAGAACGAUAAAUGGUAAUUAAAGUGAUUUUUAUUGCAAAAGUAGUAUUCCUACUUUAAAGUACGUAUUAUGAACAUAUUACAUUUACAUUUUUACAUUUCGUUACUGUAUAAUAAUUGCGAUAAAGAAGUAAAUAUGUAAAUAUGUAAAUAAUAUUAUAAAGAAAGAAAGUUGACUUUUUCGUGAAUGAAGUUAAUAAUAAUUAUUUGUGUACUUAUUGCGUGUGAAUAAUAACACAUGACAUUUUGUAUACGUAAAUUAAGUAUUUUUUAAUAAAGUGUUAUAGUUUAUAGAAGAUAGAUAGAAGUCAUAUUUGUGAAAUAAAUGAUUAAGAACGAACAAAAAAUUAAAUUAUUGUUAUGAUAUUAUAGUUUUAGCGAUAAAUAAUGUCCACUAACGAUCUUGCCAAUGAAAUAACCUUAAAAACGUGGACAAUAAUAAGCACAUGAUUUUUAUUUAAGAUAUUUAUAAAAAAUUCACAUGUUACUCAUCUAUUAUUUUUUUUUAUUUUAAAAAUAUAUUCAAAGUGAAUCCUAAA